CACCGGCCCUUGCCGGCUCCUCGCCUGAUUGCCUGCCACGGGCAUCAUGAGGGACUCCUACACGGUGACGCUGCCCGAGGAGCCCCCGGCGCUCCCCGACCUUCACAAGGACCUGCGCCCCCGCGCCUCCAUGCCGGGCUCCUUGCUGGUCUCCACCUUCGUUGGGUUGGUCCUCAACAAGACCAAGAGCUCCAAGGCGGUGCAAGGGCUGACCGGCCUGCGCAACCUCGGCAACACGUGCUUCAUGAACUCCAUCCUGCAGUGCCUGAGCAACACCAAGGAGCUGCGGGAUUACUGCCUGCAGAACCAGUACCUGCGGGACCUCAACAACAGCAGCCGCAUGCGUACUGCGCUCAUGUCUGAGUUUGCAAAGCUGAUCCAGCUGCUAUGGACCUCAUCUCCCAAUGACUCCGUGAGCCCCUCCGAGUUCAAGACGCAGAUCCAGCGAUACGCCCCGCGCUUUGUCGGAUACAACCAGCAGGACGCCCAGGAGUUCCUGCGCUUCCUCCUGGAUGGACUGCACAGCGAGGUGAACCGGGUGCUCGUCCGGCCACGGGCCGCUACAGACACCCUGGAUCACCUCCCGGACGAUGAGAAGAGCCGGCAGAUGUGGAGGAGAUACCAGGAGAGAGAGGACAGCCGGAUCGGGGACCUCUUUGUCGGGCAGCUAAAGAGCUCGCUGACCUGCGGUGAAUGUGGCUACUGCUCCACGGCUUUCGACCCGUUCUGGGACCUGUCCCUGCCCAUCCCCAAGAAGGGCUAUGGUGAGGUGACACUCAUGGACUGCCUACGACUCUUCACCAAAGAGGAUGUGCUAGAUGGCGACGAGAAACCGACUUGUUGUCGCUGCAAAGCCAGGACAAGGUGCACAAAGAAAUUCAGCAUCCAGAAGUUCCCCAAGAUCCUGGUGCUUCACCUGAAGCGUUUCUCCGAGGCCAGAAUACGGACAAGCAAGCUCACCACCUUUGUCAACUUCCAGCUGAAGGACCUGGACCUCCGGGAGUUCGCCUCACAGAGCUGCAACCACGCUGUUUACAACCUCUACGCUGUCUCCAACCAUUCCGGCACCACCAUGGGGGGACACUACACCGCCUUCUGCAAGAGCCCUGUCUCCAGUGAGUGGCACAGCUUCAACGACUCCCGUGUCACCCCCAUGUCGUCCAGCCACGUCCGCAGCAGCGAUGCCUACCUGCUCUUCUACGAGCUGGCCAGCCCCUCGUCACGCAUGUAGCCAGCCUGU